AUGAAAUUAGAACGUAUAAGCAGUAAUAGCUCUUUCAAAAGAGGCAGAGAAAUUCAGUUCAUCGAAUCCCCAUGUACAAGGCCUUUGAAAAAAAUGUCACAAGAUACAUCUUUUGCAUUCCUUGAAACGAAAAAGCCUUUCGAAGGUAUUACCAGGAAUUAUAAGGGCCACCUUUGUCAAAGUAGUUGUAAGCCCGACUCAAGCAAAUUGGAGCUAGCAGGACCACAUUUGUCUUUAAGAACUGGUCAGGGUUUUCUUCAACGUAGUAGACAGACUACACCUGACAAGAGAACCUGUAGUAGGUAUAUUUUAACUCCAGAGGCUACACCAUUACGAAAUACAGGUACUGAAAAUGUGUGGGCAACCUCUCGAGUUGCUUCCGCAUCCGGUCUUUCUAUAGUGACACCAAGGGAAAUUAAAAAUGUUCUUGUCAAUGAAUUCUCCAAAUUGGAGCUAGUGCAACCCUUGGAAACUCAACAUAAGCAAAGUCAUGCGGUCUUCGAAAUUCCGGAGAUCGUGGGAAAUAUUUUAAGAAUGAUGGUUUUUUUAGAAUCUGCAAACAUUCCACAGGAAAGACCAUGUCUAAGAAGAAAUCCACAAUCUUAUGAGCACUCUUUUCUUAUGUACAAAGACGAAGAAAAGGCCAAAAAGGCAUGGUCACAGACCCAGCAUUUACAGGACCCACUGUUAGUCAGGCACAAGGCGAACAAGCAAGGGACUUUGUUCAGUUGUAUGAUGGUUAACAGGUUAUGGUUUAACAUUACAAAAGCACUUCUUUUUGAGAGUUUACAUUUCAAAAGCGUUCAUAAUUUUAAGGAGUUUUUGAGAGCUUCUGAUGAGUCCGCUCAGGUCAUUAAACCGUCCCAUUUUAUUUUACACAAAUUGCAUCAAGUAACACAAUUAGAUAUAGAGAAACUUUCAAGAAAAAUGGAAUGCCAAAACUUGAAAUGGAUCGAAUUUUAUAUUUGCCCCAGAAUAAUUCCUCCUUUAACUUGGUUUGAUAAUCUCCAAAAGCUUGAAAAGCUUGUAAUUCCAGGUAAUAAACACAUUGAUGAUAAGUUUUUAUUAAAGUUAUCUCAAAGCCUACCAAGUUUGAAACACUUAGAUUUAAGAGCAUGUGACAAUGUCAGUGAUUCAGGUGUUGUUUGUAUCGCUUUGAAGUGCCCGAAGUUGAAAACUUUCAACAUUGGUAGACAUAGGCACGGAAACUUGAUUACAAGUGUCUCACUGGCCGCACUAGCUAAAUACACACAAGUGGAAACUAUAGGGUUUGCUGGUUGUGAUAUUGAUGAUGCCGGUAUUUGGGAGUUUGCUCGAUUGAAUGGCAAAAAUGUUGAAAGACUGUCUUUGAAUUCCUGUCGUCUUUUGACAGACCACUCCCUACCCAUUCUUUUUGCUUUGAACUCAUUUCCAAACUUGGCUGUUUUAGAGAUCAGAAACCUGGAUAGAAUAACGGAUGUGAGGUAUUUUGUCAAGUACAACUUAUGGAAAAAAUCACUCAAUGCCUCUAUUCUAAUUGAAGCAUGUGAACGCAUUAUGAAACUUAUCGACGAAGAAGAAAACAGGGUUAAGAGGAUUAACUCCUUGAUCGCCUUGAAGGAUAUGACAACUUGGGUUAAUGCAGAUGAUGAAAUGAAAAAAAAUGCGCGACUAGAUGACUUUUCAUGA